GCGGCCGCUGCACUUCGGCCGGAGCGCUGCCCUGAGCCGGCCGGCCCAGCGAGCGGCGGGCGGGUGGGCGCCGCGGGCGCCAUGGAGCAGUGGCGGCAAUGCGGCCGCUGGCUCAUCGACUGCAAGGUCCUGCCGCCCAACCACCGGGUCGUGUGGCCCUCGGCCGUGGUCUUCGACCUGGCCCAGGCGCUGCGCGACGGCGUCCUCCUGUGCCAGCUGCUGCACAACCUCUCCCCCGGCUCCAUCGACCUCAAGGACGUCAACUUCCGGCCGCAGAUGUCCCAGUUCCUGUGUUUGAAGAACAUCCGCACCUUCCUUAAAGUCUGCCACGACAAAUUUGGACUCAGGAACAGCGAGCUGUUUGACCCCUUCGACCUCUUCGAUGUCCGAGACUUUGGGAAGGUCAUCUCUGCCGUGUCGAGACUCUCCCUGCACAACUUGGCUCAGAACAAAGGGAUCAGGCCCUUCCCCUCGGAGGAGACCGCGGAGAAUGAUGACGAUGUCUACCGAAGCCUGGAGGAACUUGCAGACGAGCAUGACGUGGGAGAGGACAUCUACGACUGCGUCCCGUGCGAGGAUGAAGGGGAUGACAUUUAUGAGGACAUCAUCAAGGUGGAGGUGCAGCAGCCCAUGAAAAUGGGCAUGACGGAGGACGACAAGAGAAACUGCUGCCUGCUGGAGAUCCAGGAGACGGAAGCCAAGUACUACCGGACCCUGGAGGACAUCGAGAAGAACUACAUGACCCCUCUGAGGCUGGUGCUGAGCCCGGCGGACAUGGCGGCCAUCUUCAUCAACCUGGAGGACCUAAUCAAGGUGCAUCACAGCUUCCUGAGGGCCAUCGACGUGUCCAUGAUGGCGGGGGGCAGCACGCUGGCCAAGGUCUUCCUGGACUUCAAGGAAAGGCUCCUGAUCUACGGGGAGUACUGCAGCCGCAUGGAGCACGCCCAGAACACGCUGAACCAGCUCCUCGCCAGCAGGGAGGACUUGAGACAGAAAGUCGAGGAAUGCACCCUGAAGGUCCAAGACGGGAAGUUUAAGCUGCAGGACCUGCUGGUGGUCCCCAUGCAGAGGGUGCUCAAAUACCACCUGCUCCUCAAGGAACUUCUGAGCCAUUCCACCGACCGGCCCGAGAGGCAGCAGCUCAAAGAAGCGCUGGAGGCCAUGCAGGACCUGGCAAUGUACAUAAACGAAGUUAAACGGGACAAAGAGACCCUGAAGAAAAUCAGCGAAUUUCAGAGUUCUAUAGAAAACUUGCAAGUGAAACUGGAGGAAUUUGGGAGACCAAAGAUCGACGGGGAACUGAAGGUCCGGUCCAUAGUCAACCACACCAAGCAAGACAGGUACCUGUUCCUGUUUGACAAGGUGGUCAUUGUCUGCAAGAGGAGGGGCUACAGCUACGAGCUGAAGGAGAUCAUCGAGCUGCUUUUCCACAAGAUGACCGACGACCCCAUGAACAACAAGGAUGUCAAGAAGUGGUCCUACGGCUUCUAUCUAAUUCACCUUCAAGGCAAGCAGGGCUUCCAGUUUUUCUGCAAGACGGAAGACAUGAAGAGGAAGUGGAUGGAACAGUUUGAGAUGGCCAUGUCAAACAUCAAGCCAGACAAAGCCAACGCCAACCACCACAGCUUCCAGAUGUACACGUUUGAUAAGACCACCAACUGCAAAGCCUGUAGGAUGUUCCUCAGAGGCACCUUCUACCAGGGUUACCUGUGCACCAAGUGUGGCGUCGGGGCGCACAAGGAGUGCCUGGAGGUGACCCCUCCCUGCAAAAUCAGUUCUCCUGCGGACCUGGACACCUCUGGAGCGGGGCCAGGUCCCAAGAUGGUGGCCGUGCAGAAUUACCAUGGCAACCCUGCUCCCCCCGGGAAGCCGGUGCUGACCUUCCAGACGGGCGACGUGAUUGAGCUACUGAGAGGCGACCCUGAGUCUCAGUGGUGGGAGGGUCGAUUGGUGCAAACCAGGAAGUCAGGUUACUUCCCUAGCUCGUCUGUGAAGCCCUGUCCAGUGGAUGGAAGGCCGCCCAUCAGCCGGCCGCCGUCCCGGGAUAUGGACUACGCCGCAUACCCCUGGUUUGCCGGCAACAUGGAAAGGCAGCAGACCGACAACCUGCUCAAAUCCCACGCCAGCGGGACCUACCUAAUCAGGGAGCGGCCGGCCGAGGCCGAGCGCUUUGCCAUAAGCAUCAAAUUCAAUGACGAGGUGAAGCACAUUAAGGUGGUGGAGAAGGACAGCUGGGUGCACAUCACAGAAGCCAAGAAAUUUGAAAGCCUCUUGGAGUUGGUAGAGUACUACCAGUGCCACUCGCUCAAGGAGAGCUUCAAGCAGCUGGACACCACGCUCAAGUACCCCUACAAGUCACGGGAACGCGUGGCCUCUAGGGCCUCCAGCCGGUCCCCAGCUUCCUGCGCUUCCUACAGCUUUUCUUUUCUCAGUCCUCAGGGCUCCUCCGCGCCCUUCUGGUCAGCAGUGUUCACGCCCCGCGUCAUCGGCACGGCCGUGGCCAGGUACAACUUCGCUGCCCGGGACCUGCGGGAGCUCUCGCUGCGAGAAGGCGACGUGGUGAAGAUCUACAGCCGCAUCGGUGGGGACCAGGGCUGGUGGAAGGGCGAGACCAACGGCCGGAUUGGCUGGUUUCCUUCAACGUACGUAGAAGAGGAGGGCAUCCAGUGACAGCGAGAAUGCGGACAGGACUCGCGGAUUUUCUUGGAAGAGUCGCUCCAGUGCUGAAGUCUGUCUCCAGCUCUGAGACUCAGAGGGGAAAU